AUCUGGAAUGCCACAAGGCAGAUCGCAGCCAAGCUGAUCGCCUCCAGCAGAAGCAGAAGCAGCGAUCGCGAAGGCGAGUCCUGGCGAUGAAGCGGCGAAAGCUGGCGGCGGCGGCGGGCUUCUGCCUCUCCUUCUUGCUGGGCACUUUGCUCAACGUCUUCUUCUUCAUCCCGGCUUUCGACCCUCAGCAGCAGCAGCAGCAGCAGCAGCGGCAGAAGGGGGAGGCGGAAGGCAACGAGGCGCUCCUCCCGCUGCCUCCUCGGGGAGACUUAGCCCGGCAGAUCCGGGAGCGCUACGAGGAAGUCCUGCGCUACCGGGAGCCGCGGGCAGCGCGCUUAGAGCGCCGGCUGAUGGACCUGGAGCGGGGCCGCCCUGCUGCUGCUUCUUCAGCCUCAUCUUCACCUCCUCCUUCUUCUCCUUCUUGGUCUCCGACCUCCCGCCUGGAGCUGUCCCUGGGCCCGCUGCGCCUGGGCUGCGCGGACCUGCGGGAGGCCGGCGAGGUGCGCUUCCUGGGCUCGGGCUACACCAAGGCCGUCUACAAAGCCGCGCUCCACGGCGGGUCCGGACGCGCCCGCCCUCCUCUCGCCGUGGCCCUCAAGGCCGUGGACUUCGCCGGGCACGACGUGGCCCGCUGCGCCCAGCUCCACCGCGCCCCGCAGGACUGCUACCGCCUGGCCUCCUACAAGGUCCUCAAGGAGAUGGUCCUCCUCCACCGCCUGCGGCACCCCAACGUCCUCCAGCUCUAUGGAUAUUGUUAUCAAGAUAGUAACGACAUUUCAGAUACACUGACUGCCAUCACAGAACUGGGUUCACCAUUGGAGAUGAUACAGCUUUUACAGACUUCUUGGGAAGAUAGAUUUCGUAUCUGCUUCAGCUUAGUUCAGCUUCUGCAUUACCUGGCCCACUCUCCCCUUGGCUCUGUAACUCUGCUGGAUUUCCGACCUCGGCAGUUUGUGAUUGUGGAUGGAGAGCUCAAAGUCACUGAUCUGGAUGAUGCCAGCACUGAGGAGACUUCCUGCACUAGCAGCAGAGAUUGUUUCAUGGAAUUUCCAGCAAGAAAUUUUACUCUUCCUUGUACUGUUGAAGGCAAAUGCCAAAAUAUGAAUGAGAAGAGGAAUCUUUACAAUGCAUACAGAUUUUUCUUUACGUAUCUUCUGCCGCACAGUGCCCCUUCAUCCCUGAGACCAAUGCUGGAUAUGAUAGUCAAUGCUACAGGAGAACUCCAUUGGGGAAUAGAUGAAACUGCUGUUCAACUUGAAAAAGUUUUGCAUUUAUACAAGAGUGGCAUGUAUCUUCAGAACACUACUCAGGCUCCUAAAUCAGAUUACAAAAAGGUACCUGAAUCUGCUAUCCUCAAUGAGAACUAUAGAUGCUGGCCAUCCUACCAUCAUAAGGGAUGUCUCCUUUCUGUGUUUGACAUUAAUGAAGCCAUUGAGGUUUGUGAGAGCCAUUCGCAGUGCAAAGCUUUUGUUCUCACCAAUCAAACAACAUGGACAGGUCGUCAGCUAGCCUUCUUCAAGACGGGAUCCACUUCCAUGGUGCCUGAUCGUGACAAGACAACAUAUGUGAAAGUGACAGAUUGAAAGCAAGUGUGUCCAAUUAAGUUUAUUUUGUGUAGGCUUACGCAGAAGUAAGUCCUAAGUUCUGAUAGGUCCCUAGUAAGUGUGCAUAGGACUGGAACCAGCAAAUUUGAAAUAUGACAGAGAUUUGCAUGUCAAUGUAGUAUGUGGUUGCAUGCAAAGAAGCUGAGGAUGGAGAGGAAAUUGCACUAACACUUACUCUAAUCUACAGAAUGUGGAACCAAACUUUAAAGAAGAGACAUGCAUGACCAGGACAAAUGUGCAAUAGGACAACAUUUUAAAAAUGUGACUUUUUUGUAGAAGCAGAAUGAAAUCCAAAAUGUGAUACACUUUGAGGCUUGCCAUAGGUUGUUUUGAAACAACAGGCACCCCAAGUGUGCUUUUCCUUCUAGGCUUACACAAACGAUGUAAAAUUUUGCAUAGGAAUGCUAGGAAAUUUUUCCAUUCCCCAGGGAGUUUGGGAUCUUCUGUUCAGAUAUUUAUGCAAGCAAGUACAAUCAUUGCAGUUAACUGUCUUGUGUUCCAAAGCUAAACAUCAAAACUUCUGGAAGACAAUCAUGACUUCUGUUCCUUGUACCAAAUAUAGAAGACAUAACCUUAUGAUGUUCCUUGGGUCAAGAUGGCAUUGAAAAAAAAAAGAAUUUCAAUUAGGUUGAAUCUGGAGAGGGAGGAAGGAAGGAAGGAAGGAAGGAAAAACUGGAGGAAAUACAUAGGAUAUGAACCUAGCCGAGAUGUAUACAUUAAUCACAAGAGAGUACAAGUUGAGUAUCUCUUAUUGCAUAAACACACACCUAAUGAGAUAUCUUGGAGCUGAGGUCCAAGUCUAAACAAGAAAUUCACUUUUGCUUCAUAUACACCUUAUACACAUAGACUGAAGAUAAUUUUAAAUAAUAUUUUAAAUAAUUUUGUGCAUGAAAUAAAGUUUGUAUGCACUGAACUAUCAGAAAGCAAAGGUGUGACUUUCUCAGUUGCCUUUGUGGAUGAGUUUGGAGUCUUUCAGAAUUUGGAAUUCUGAAUAAGGGAUGCUCAACCUGUAUUUAAAAAGUUUAUUCAAUUGAUUUUAUCCAUCUUAAUUGAUCAAUCAACAUACAUUUCUCAAUGGGAAAGACAAAGUUUAAAAUAUACUUACCUAGAUAUUGAACCAUCAUUAUCAUCACUGCCAUUAUCACCAUUGUCAUCUUUCUGAUGUUAGAGAAGAUAUUUCUCCCAUCCUCUCAUUUUUUUUUACUCUAGGGGGAUUUAAAAUUGUACUUAAUAGCUGUAUGGAGCUGGAAGGCAUCUCUUUAGAUCUGUGGAGUGAAUCCUGCACCCCAUAGAUCCUGUCUGGGAUCCGAAAACUCUUUUUGUAAUCAUACCCUCCUUUUGGGCCUUCAGCACUUUCCAAUUAGAAACAAGAGCACCCUCCUUAAAAACUGCAGCUUACAGUAAAUCUCCUUUUUUGGGAAUGCAUGGGUUCACCUUUAAAAGAUGCAUCUUUUACUGGAUUUUUUAAAAAGCUAUUUCCAAAAGUGGUGCUGGAUUUCCACCUAUUUCUAUAUAGAUUUUUCCCAUUAGGUGAGUCUGUGUUCCCCUCGCGCAGUGGUUCUCAACCUGUGGGCCCCCAGGUGUUUUGGUCUACAACUCCUAGAAAUCCCAGCCAGUUUCGCAGUGGUUAGGAGUUAAAGGUCAAAACAUCCGGGGACCCACAGAUUGAGAACCACUGCCCUAGCAGGUACCCAAGGCAAGACCCCUGGAUUCUUGGGCCAUGCCAGUGCCUUGUUAUGUUCAUCAUCUAAUAAGUUAUUUAACACAUAUUUCGUCAAGUUAAUAAGGAUAUGUUUUUUACCAGUUUAAAUUUUUUUAUCAGAUAGGCAUGGCCAAAUUUCGGCCCUUCAGGUGUUUUGGACUUUAACUUCCACAAAUCCUGACAGCCUACUGGCUGUUAGGAAUUGUGGUAGCUGAAGUCCAAAACACCUGGAGGGCCAAAGUUUGCCCAUACCUAAAUUAGACUAAUGAUUCAGCUAAAUGUUGCAACCCUAGAAUGUGACUGUUUAACUAGCAAGAUGUCUGUGAUUACAAGAGAGAUCUGUACAUUGCAGAGUCCCAAAGGGUCAUUCUGAACUUGAGGUCAGUCCAACAGAUGUACUGUAUUUCUCCCCAUACAUCUACAAAACAGUGUCCCAAUCUUAUCUGCAACAAUUUAGUUUUCCCAUAUGUGUGAACGGAAACAAUGCCCUUGAAAAAUGUUUUGUAAGACCCUUUUCAUGCAUGAGCUAGCCAUACCCUUUUUUAGGGAAAGAGAUAGCAGCAUUACUUUGUUCAUACUUCAUGUAGCUUGUUCAGCUUAGUAUAUAAUGUAAUGGGAACCAACAACAAUUGAACCCAUAUCUAUCCAUACAGUUGCUCUUGAGAUCCAUUUUCUUGCUCAUGAUAGAAUGGAACACAAGAGCUAUUCUGACUCAAUAGCUUAGCUGCAAGUGUGAUGUUGUGGGAAAGUUCUGUAGCUAUCUCUAUUUAAUCAGUACAGUGUUCCCUCAGCAUCUCGUGGCUCGCUUACCGCGGACUCACUGUUUUGCGGGUUUUCUUGAGCAGCCUGACGAGGCCUUCUCCACCUGGGUGUCCUCCGCUGCCUGGCAGAGCAGAGACCCAAGGCACGGUGGGAAAAGCCUGCCUCCUUGGCCUGCUGUUGCCUGUGUGGCUCUGGAGGUGAAAGGACCUCGGCAGAGUGGCAGCCUGAGGUGUGGGGUGGGGAAGGCCUGCCUCCUUGAUUAAAGUAAUGUUAAAAAAUUAAAAUAAAUACAGUGUCCAUACUUCAUGGAAUUUCACUUACCAUGGGUGGUCCUGGAAUCCAGGUAAACCUUGUAAAAUGUCAUGCAACAGUAGGUGAAAAACGAUAAAUUCCCAGGAGCUGAGGAGCCAUGUUUUCUCUUCAGAACAAGUAUAGCACUGAGAGAGAAGGGAGGAGCUAUUGCAUUACAUCUAGAUGUACAGAAAGCCAAACACAGUAUCACAGAUGCCCGGGGCAUGACAAGAGCAUAAGAGACAAAAUGCAGGAAAUGUUUUUUGGAUAUACAUCAUGAAUUUAAGGAUUAUUGUGAUAUGAGACAUGUUCAUUUCAUUGAACAGUAUCAUCUAAGUCAAUAAGGAUUAUUCAUCAAGUUUUUGGAAUGGGAUCUGUUUUUUGGUGGGCAUUCUGCAGGGUUGAAGUCUGAAUGAAUCUAAAGGUUUGAAUACUCAGGUUCCUGGAAUGGCAUAGCUCUACUAGGGACUUUGCUGUGAAAUAUAUUCUGGAUCACAAUUGGAUCCAACUGCUAGAGCUGUCCCAAAGCAAGCAAAAUGGACAGUUCAUGUUAAAUUAAUUUCUGCAUAUCAUAAUGUUCAAAGCAUUUGGGGAGAAAUAUGUUCUUCAUGUUGUUGUCAUAUGUCAAAUUAAAACUGGCCAUUUUCUUUAACAAUGUUUCCAUGAUCCACUGGCAGAGCAGCUAACAAUAAUGAACAGCACAAUAUUUCAGGGGUAUCUUACGACCAAAUAUACCUUUCUACUAGUGGAUCUUUGGUGUUUUGGUGGUACUAAUUGAUAGUUUUAAGAACAAAUGAGCAUAACAAGCAGUAAAUGAACCCAAGCCUUAAUGCAAUAGAAAUAGUGAGAUCUUUUCAUACGCAAAGUGUGUCUAGAUAAUAUGCUUUCAGUGAAAGCAAUCAAGGAAAUGUUAAAAAUGACUAAUGUCAUGCUGUUUUCUAGUUUGUACAUUCAAGAAUCUUUUGUACUUUUGUUCUUAAAUUGUUUAUUUUUGCAAAAAAAUAAAAGGAAAUGGAAACUG